AUGUCCCAACCGACCGCCGUCCUCAUCGUCACCGGCGCCUGGCACGUGCCGGCUCACUACCAGAAGCUCCGAGACGCACUCGAGUCGCGCGGCGUCCGCACCAUCUGUGAGACGCUCCCGACCAACAACAACGCCGUCCCCCCGACCGCCACGCUUCACGACGACAUCACCUUCCUCCGGACCCUCGUCGCCAAGGAGGCCGCCGCCGGCACGCGUUUGACCGUCCUCGCGCACUCUUGGGGCGGCGUCGUCUCCAGCGGCGCCCUCGCCGACCUCGCCGUGUCCUCCCCCGGCGGGGGCGGCGGCGGGGGCGUGGCGGACCUGGUCUUCAUGUGCGCCUUCGUGCCGCGGGAGGGCGAGUCGCUGACGGGCAUGCUGGGCGGCACCAACCCGCCGUACCUGGUGGACGACGCGGGUGUGCUGAGGUGGCGCAACCCGAUCGAGCACCUGUACAACGACCUGGAGCCGGCGGAGGCGGCGCGGGCCGAGUCGCUGCGGGUGGCGGCGCACGGGACGGCCGCGCAGGCCACGCCGAUCGACGCGGGGAGGAAGGCGGCGUGGCGCGCGAUACCGACGACGUACAUCUUCUGCGAGGAGGACCAGGCGCUGCCGCUGGCCGUGCAGGAGGUCAUGGUGCGCAGGGUAGAGCGCGACGGCGUGGCGGUCAGGCGGUUCAGCCUCAAGGCCUCGCACAGCCCGUUCCUGAGCAUGCCGGACAAGGUGGCCGAUAUUGUGCUGGAGGUGAAGGGCAAGGGGCCUGAGUGA